AUGGUAGAUGACAAGGAAAAGAACAUGAAAUGUCUCACCUUCUUCUUGAUGCUUCCAGAGACGGUAAAGAAUAGAUCCAAGAAGAGCUCGAAGAAAACAAAUACCGGCAGUAGCAGCAGUAGCAGCAGCAGCAGCGGCAGCAGCAGCAGCAUCAGCAAGUUGUCUCCAGUUUGUUAUGAAAUAAUUACCUUGAAGACUAAAAAGAAGAAGAUGGCUGCUGAUAUAUUUCCCCGCAAAAAGCCAGCCAAUUCCAGCAGCACCUCUGUCCAGCAGUACCACCAGCAGAACCUCAGUAACAACAACCUUAUUCCGGCCCCGAAUUGGCAGGGUCUUUAUCCUACCAUCAGGGAAAGAAAUGCGGUGAUGUUCAAUAAUGAUUUGAUGGCAGAUGUACAUUUUGUGGUUGGGCCACCAGGUGGGACUCAGCGGUUGCCAGGACACAAAUAUGUUUUAGCUGUUGGGAGCUCUGUGUUCCAUGCAAUGUUUUACGGAGAACUUGCUGAGGACAAAGAUGAAAUCCGUAUACCAGAUGUCGAACCUGCUGCUUUUCUCGCUAUGCUGAAAUAUAUCUAUUGUGAUGAAAUUGACUUGGCUGCUGACACGGUGCUGGCUACUCUUUAUGCUGCCAAAAAGUACAUUGUCCCUCACCUUGCCAGAGCCUGUGUUAAUUUCCUGGAGACCAGCCUGAGUGCCAAGAACGCCUGUGUGCUCCUCUCCCAGAGCUGCUUGUUCGAGGAGCCAGACCUGACCCAGCGCUGCUGGGAGGUGAUCGACGCCCAGGCUGAGCUAGCUCUGAAGUCUGAGGGAUUCUGCGACAUCGACUUCCAGACACUGGAAAGUAUCCUCCGCAGGGAAACUCUGAAUGCCAAAGAAAUCGUCGUUUUUGAGGCAGCUCUCAACUGGGCUGAAGUAGAAUGCCAGAGGCAAGAUCUAGCUCUGAGCAUUGAAAAUAAACGUAAGGUCCUCGGGAAGGCACUUUACUUGAUCCGAAUACCUACGAUGGCUCUGGAUGAUUUUGCAAAUGGUGCUGCACAGUCCGGAGUUCUAACUCUCAAUGAGACCAACGAUAUCUUCCUCUGGUACACUGCGGCCAAGAAGCCCGAGCUGCAGUUUGUGAGCAAAGCCCGCAAGGGUCUCGUCCCCCAGCGCUGUCACCGUUUCCAGUCCUGUGCUUAUCGGAGCAACCAGUGGCGCUAUCGGGGCCGCUGUGACAGCAUUCAGUUCGCAGUGGAUAAGAGAGUGUUCAUCGCAGGCUUCGGGCUGUAUGGCUCCAGCUGUGGCUCUGCGGAGUACAGUGCCAAGAUCGAACUCAAACGGCAGGGCGUUGUCCUGGGGCAGAACUUGAGCAAGUACUUCUCCGAUGGCUCCAGCAAUACCUUCCCUGUGUGGUUUGAGUAUCCGGUGCAGAUCGAGCCAGACACCUUCUACACAGCCAGCGUGAUACUGGACGGCAACGAACUCAGCUACUUCGGACAGGAAGGCAUGACAGAGGUUCAGUGCGGCAAAGUGACUGUCCAGUUUCAGUGCUCCUCGGAUAGCACCAAUGGCACUGGGGUACAGGGAGGGCAGAUUCCUGAACUUAUAUUCUAUGCUUGA